AUGGUCAACUCCAACGACAUACAUGUAUGUGGGCCUUUUGGAGUAUGCAGGACAGGUUCUGAUGAAAAAUGCUACUGCCUUCCAGGUUUCAGGCCAGUUUCCUCAAGGAGCUGGGAUCUUGGGGCAUGGAAUCAAGGUUGUGUUAGGAGAACAGAUAUCUCUUGUGUCGACUCUAAUAUACAUAAUGUCCAACAAGAGAACCAUGCAUUUCUCAAGAUUGCCAACAUCAAAGUUUCAGGCAAUCCAAUUCAAUUGAAUGCUCAAAGCACUGAGGAGUGCAAAUCCAUUUGCCUGAACAAUUGCACUUGUACUGCAUAUGCAUAUCAACGUGAAUGCAUUGUUUGGAACAGUGAACUCUGGGAUCUUAAACAAUUGUCUGAUGGUAAUAUUGAUGGUAUUGAUAUUUAUGUGCGUCUUGCAGCAUCUGAUCUUCAAGGUCAAGACAAUGAAAAUAAGAUACAUCAUGCGAGGCCUAUGCUAAUUGCAGUGCUAGGAAGUAUCUUUGUGACACUAUGUGUUUUUGGUGCAGUAGUUUGGACGUUUCAAAAAAGGAAUGCAAAUCAAAAGGCUUUUUCUAGCGAUGAUCCUCUCAUCCUAUACAGCUACUCUCUUUUACAGAAUUGCACAAAGAAUUUCUCAGAUAAAUUGGGACAAGGUAGCUUUGGUUCAGUGUACAAAGGAUCACUCCCGAACUCUCAAUUGAUAGCUGUAAAGAAGCUUCAAGGAAUGAGGCAAGGAGAGAAGCAAUUUCAAACUGAAGUGAGGGCUCUAGGACAAAUUCAUCACAGAAAUCUGGUUCGCCUCAAGGGGUUCUGCUUAAGAGGAGCUGAAAGACUGCUGGUAUAUGAACUUAUAGCAAAAGGUUCUCUAGAUAGUCACCUUUUUAAUGAUGUGAAGGUAUUGGAUUGGUACACAAGAUUCCAUGUUAUUCUAGGCAUUGCGAAAGGACUACAUUAUCUCCAUGAGGAAUGCCAUGAAUGCAUCAUACAUUGUGAUAUAAAGCCUGAAAAUAUACUUGUUGAUGAGGACUUCAGCCCAAAAGUAGCAGAUUUUGGCCUUGCUAAGCUUAUGGAUCGGAAUUUUAGUCGGGCACUAACAACUGUGAGAGGAACAAUAGGGUAUCUUGCACCAGAAUGGAUUGCAGGCAAAAGGAACACCGAAUUGAUGGAGAGUGGAACUAUAAAGUAUUUCCCUGUCUGGGCUGCAGACAAGAUAAGGAAUGGUGACAUUUCUGAAGUCUUUGAUCAUAGAAUGAACGAUACAGAUGUUCAAGAGCUAGACAGAGCAUGCAAGGUUGCAUGUUGGUGCAUUCAGGAUAACGAGGCUCAUAGACCAACAAUGCAGCAAAUAGUUCAUAUCUUGCAGGGCACUCGAGAUGUGGGCUUGCCCCCAGUUCCGGCAUUUCUACAACACCUUGUGGAAGAAUAUGAUCCUGGCAGCUACUCAUCGAAUGUCUAG